UCUUUUGCUCAUUCUCCAUGAACGGCAACGCAAUGGGAGUGAGCAGCGUCCGAAUUCUUGAGCGAGUGCCACACACCACACCACCAUUCACACUAAGCCAAAUCAAGAAAGCCAUUCCACCCCAUUGCUUCAAGCGCUCUCUUCUCCGCUCCUUCUCUUAUCUCCUUCACGACCUCUUCUUCGCCUCUUUGUUCUACCACGUAGCCACCUCUUACUUCCACCUUCUCCCCCACCCACUCUCAUACUUGGCCUGGCCCCUUUACUGGAUCUUCCAGGGCUGCAUUUUUUUCGCCAUUUGGGUCAUUGCCCACGAGUGCGGUCACCAUGCAUUCAGUGACCACCAAUGGGUGGACGACACGGUUGGCUUCCUCCUCCACUCGGCUCUUCUCUUCCCAUACUUCUCCUGGAAGUACAGUCACCGCCGCCACCACUCCAACACCGCCUCCAUUCACCGCGAUCAAGUCUGCGUUCCAAAACCCAAAUCCCAAGUGCCUUGGUUCUACAAAUACUUGAACAACUCACCGGGGAGAGUCCUAAGGCUUGGUGUUCCAUUGUUCCUUGGUUUGCCUCUCUACUUGGGUUUCAAUCUAUCAGGCCGACCAUACCGCCGUUUCGCUAGUCAUUACGAUCCUUACAGUCCAAUCUUCUCCGAAACCGAAAGGGUUCACAUAUUCAUCUCAGAUAUUGGAGUGUUCAUCACCACAUUGGCACUGUACCAACUUGGCUCGACCAGAGGGUUGAGUUGGGUUGUGUGCGUGUAUGGGGUGCCAUUGUUGGUAGGGAAUGGGCUCAUUUCAGUGAUGACGUACUUGCAUCACACUCACCUCGCGUUGCCCCACUAUGACUCGUCCGAGUGGGAUUGGUUGAGGGGUGCUUUGUCGACGGUCGACCGAGACUAUGGAGUUCUCAAUAGGGUUUUCCAUAACGUUACAGACACUCAUGUGGUGCACCACUUGUUCUCCACGUUGCCACAUUACAAUGCAGUGGAAGCCACCGAAGCUGUGAAGCCCGUGAUUGGAGAGUACUACUGUUUUGAUGACACUCCAAUAAUUAAAGCUAUGUGGAGAGAGGUGAAGGAGUGUGUUUAUGUUGAGCCAGAUGAUGAAUCUCCUAACAAAGGUGUUUUCUGGUACAAGAACAAGUUCUAAUCUAAUAAAGUUUAUAUAAGUGUGUCAAUAUAUAUAAAAGACAAUUUUUCUACAGGGAUUCACCUUAUAAGCCCUACUGUAAGGGCUCUCAGUAUUUCUCGACCCGUAAAUAGUUUUCGGCGCGAUAUUUUUUUUAUGAUCAUGUAUAUUGUAGCUAUUUAGUGCAUCUUGCAAAUUUUCAGAAAAUUCCGAAUAGUUUACAUUACCGAAAACUAGGUUCAAAUAUGUUGUUUUCCACGCGCAUAAAAAAAAAUUAGUCACGCGUGCAACAAUAUGUUUGAACCUAGUUUUCGGUAUUGUAAACUAUUCGGAAUUUUCUGAAAAUUUGCAGGAUGCUCUAAAUAGCUACAAUAUACACGGUCAUAAAAAAAAUCGCGCCGAAAACUGUUCACAGGUUAACACUGAGAGCCCUACCGGUAGGGCUUAAAAUGAAGCCCUAUAAAAAAAUUCCCAUAUAUAUAAUAUUCUAUGUUGUGUGAGAGUGUGUAUGUAUCCUUUCAUGUGAGAAAGAGUUUAUCAAAAAUAAAAUAUUGAAGGAGAGAGGAAGAGAUUCCUGUCCCUUUGAAAAAUCAA